UGAUGAGCGCCGCCGGGCGGGGCGGGCGCCGCUGGGCGCGAGUGUCCCGCUGCACCUCCUUCAGCGCGAGCCACCGGCUGUACAGUAAACAUCUGGGUGAUGAAGAAAAUUUGAAAUUAUUUGGAAAAUGCAGCAAUCCAAACGGCCAUGGACACAAUUACAAAGUUGUGGUGACAGUACAUGGAGAGAUUGAUCCUGUUACAGGAAUGGUUAUAAAUUUGACCGACCUCAAAAAAUAUAUGGAGGAAGCAAUUAUGAAGCCUCUUGAUCAUAAGAAUCUGGAUUUGGAUGUGCCUUACUUUGCAGAUGUUGUAAGCACAACUGAAAAUGUAGCUGUGUGUAUCUGGGAGAACCUCCAGAGAGUACUUCCUGUGGGAGUGCUUUAUAAAGUAAAAGUGUAUGAAACUGACAAUAAUAUAGUGGUCUACAAAGGGGAAUAGGUCUUAGGAUUUGACACUGAGAAAGACCAAUUCAAUUUCUUUCCAUAUUACAAAGAGCCUGUUAUACCUUUACUUUGUGCUCCAGAGUGCCUGAUUUACUGAAAUUCAAGACCUGUUAAAUCUAUUUUAAACAAAACUUUUAAUAUAUCUUGAAUAUCAUUUAGAGAGUCUCUUAUAUGUAGAUUGAAAAUCACUUCAUUUUUGUGAACUGUUUUAAUCGGAAUCAUUUGAAAGCAAAAGAAAUCUAGUUGUUUUUUCUGUUAUUCAUUUUUUUGUGUGUAAUAUAAAUGGUAAAAAUGUUUUAUAACUUAGAGUGGGCAAAUCUUAUAAAAAAUAAAAUUCAGGUGACCACGG